AAUAGGGCACUUAUUUUUUAAACUUUACCCCAGUUUGACACAAUGACAGCCUUCAAUCGUUCGUGCAUUUCGAGAUUUCGUCAGUUCGCUCAAUAUUCAACCUUUAAAAAAUUAUCCCUUCCUUCACAAACAAUAAAAUCAAUACUAAGCUCACCAAAAGAGAAUGAUGCUCGUGUAUCAGUUUGUGGUUGGGUACGAUCAGUGAGAAAACAAAAGCAAGUCAGUUUUGCCACUAUCAAUGACGGAUCCACACUCAAAGGCAUUCAAGCCAUUUUGAAUCCGGAAGACGCUGAAAAACUUACAACUGGCGCCUGCGUAGAGUUGAAAGGUUCGCUUGUCACAAGCCUGGGUGCUGAGCAGAACAAAGAACUACAAGUGGAUCAAAUUGAUAUUCUGGGUGCAUGUGAUGGUACAUAUCCUUUACAAAAAAAACGACAUAGUAUGGAAUUUCUGAGAAGUAUUGGUCAUUUGAGAAUGCGGGGUAAUACUGGUAGUGCCGUGCUUCGAGUUCGCCAUGCUGCUUCUGAAGGUCUCCGCGAUUUUUUUCGCGACAACGAAUUCACGUUAACCAACACUCCAAUUCUAACAGCUAACGAUUGCGAGGGUGGCGGUGAAGUGUUUGAGGUAUCUCCUAUCAAUUGCAAAGACCGUACAGAGUUUUUUAAAAAACCAGUGUACUUAACGGUAUCAGGUCAAUUACAUGCCGAGGCUAUGGCAUUAGCCUUGUCUCGAGUUUACACUUUUGGACCGGUAUUUCGCGCUGAAGAAUCUAUGACUUCACGGCACUUGGCUGAAUUCUGGAUGUUGGAAGCGGAGCUUUCAUUCAUUAACCAACUUUCGACUCUGUUGGAUGUAGCAGAAGCAAGCCUGAAGGAAUCCACACACUAUGUGAUGAGGACGUGUCAAGAAGAUUUGGAAUUUUUCAACAAAUGGGUUGAUAAAUCGCUCAUGGAGCGUUUAAUGACAAGCGUGGAAAAACCCUUCGUACGAAUGACUUACUCAGAAGCCAUCGAUGUUUUACAAAGAGCUCAAGAUAAAAAAGAGAAAAGGUUUGAAUUCCCUACAGUGUGGGGCUCUAGUCUUCAAACAGAACAUGAAAGAUAUCUGGCCUCAGAAUAUUGCCAACGACCUGUUUUCGUGACGGAUUAUCCCGCACAUCUCAAACCGUUCUAUAUGCGAGCAAAUGAAACCAAAGAUGGGAAGGACACUGUGUCAUGCUUCGAUUUGUUGGUACCAGGUAUUGGUGAAUUGAUUGGCGGCUCAAUGCGUGAAGAACGAUAUGAUAUUUUAAAGCAAAAGAUGAUGGAUGCUAAAAUGGACCUGGACGACUACCAAUGGUACCUAGAUUUGCGUAAAUAUGGUAGUGCACCACAUGGUGGUUAUGGACUCGGAUUUGAAAGACUCUUAUUAUGGCUAACAGGAUUGGAAAAUGUACGCGAAGUUAUACCAAUGCCGCGUUGGGCAGGUCAUUGUAAAUACUAACUUGUUCUUAUCACAAAUCUCUUUGUAUAUCUUUCCAAAGUUCAGAAAAAUUUUUAUCAUUCUCUUUAAAUUAAUAGAAAAGAACC